AUGUCUAUUAUUGUCCCCUUCGGGGUGACAUACGAAAAAAUUGGAACGAUACAGAGAAGAUUAGCAUGGCCCCUGCACAAGGAUGACACGCUUUCCCGGAGUGGUAGACCUACGGGUCUCAAUAUUUAUUUUGGUUUUUACUUUCACCUUCAAUAA